AUGUCACCAACCAGCCCCCAAGACCUCCCUCAUUUGAACUUCCGCUCUUUCGUGGCGGCCCUCAAAGCCGAUGGCGACCUCGUCGAGAUCAAUGAGGAGUGCGACCCUCACAUCGAGGUCGGCGCCGUAAUCCGCAAGGUCGUUGAGUCCGACGAGCGCGCGCCGCUUUUCAACAGACUCAAGGGCCAGAACCCCGACGGCCUCUGGCGCAUCCUCGGAGCGCCCAACUCCCUCAGAGCCGACCCCUCUCAGAGAUUCGGCCGCCUUGCACGGCACCUCGGUCUCCCGCCCACGGCGAGCAUGAAGGAGAUUCUCGAUAAGAUGGUCGCCGCCAAGACCGCCGCCCCUAUCCCCCCCGUCGUAGUCGAUUCGGGGUCCUGCAAGGAGUGCAAGCUCACGCCCGACCAAUUCGAUCUCACCAAAUUCCCGGCGCCGCUGCUUCAUCAAUCCGACGGAGGGAAGUACAUCCAGACCUACGGCAUGCACGUCGUGCAGUCGCCCGAUGGCAAGCGGACGAACUGGUCGAUCGCGCGCGCCAUGGUACACGACAGGAACCAUCUCGCCGGGCUGAUCAUCGAGCCGCAGCACAUCUGGCAGAUCCACCAGAUGUGGAAGAAGGAAGGAAAGGACAUGCCGUGGGCGCUGGUGUUUGGCGUGCCGCCAGCGGCCAUCAUGGCGGCGAGCAUGCCAUUGCCGGGCGGGCUGUCCGAGGCAGAGUACAUCGGGUCGUUGGUCGGAGCGCCGUUGGAGGUUGUCAAAUGCGAUACGAACGGGCUACAUGUCCCCGCCAACUCGGAGAUUGUCUUUGAGGGCGUCUGUUCCGCUACUGAGACGGCGCCCGAGGGUCCCUUUGGUGAGAUGCACGGCUAUGUUUUCCCCGGAGAGGCCAGACCGCAGCCCAAAUACAGAGUUGACCUCAUCACGCACCGCAAGGACGCAAUCCUCCCGGUCUCCAACUGUGGCCGACUGACAGACGAAACGCACACUAUGAUCGGGCCCCUGGCCGCGGCCGAGAUUGGAUUCCUGCUCAAGUCGAGGGGAGUCCCCAUCAAAGAGGCAUUCUCGCCCUUCGAAUCCCAAGUGACUUGGGUUGUUCUGCAGGUCGACACCGAAAAGCUCCGGGCUUCAAAGACGAACCCAAAAGACUUUUGCCGGAUGAUUGGCGAUAUCGUUUUUAACGACAAGGUCGGCUACACGAUCCACCGGCUGGUGCUCGUUGGCGAAGAUAUCGACGUGUACAACUUCAAGGACGUUAUCUGGGCCUUCUGCACGAGGUGCCGUCCGGGCUUGGACGAGUACCACUUCGAGAACGUUCGGGGAUUUCCGCUCAUCCCGUAUAUGUCGCACGGCAAUGGCGACAAACGCAUGGGUGGAAAGGUUGUCUCGGAUUGCCUGAUGCCAACCGAGUAUACGACUGGUCGUGAUUGGGAGGCCGCGAGCUUCAAAGAAUCGUUCCCCGCCGAGGUCCAGGAGAAGGUGCUCCAGCGAUGGGAGUCGUUCGGAUUCACUCCCCGUGGAUGA